AUGUCUGUUCUUAUAUCAUCAUUAGAAGUGAAAGAUAUUCGCUUCCCAACAUCUCUCGAAGGACAUGGCUCCGACGCAAUGCUUUUGUUUGCCACUGAGACUUUUGCAAUGGGUGUCAACAUGCCAGCCAGGACAGUAGUUUUUGAUACUAUUAGGAAACAUGAUGGUAAAAGUCCUCGCAAUCUGUUGCCAGGCGAGUACAUCCAGAUGGCAGGCAGAGCUGGUCGGAGAGGCCUGGACACCACUGGCCUUGUGAUUAUACUCUGCAAGGGAGACGUGCCGGAAAUAUCUGACUUACAAGCCAUGAUGCAGGGGAAGCCUACGCACCUUGAGUCAAGAUUCCGGCUGACAUACACCAUGAUCCUGAACCUCUUAACUGUGGCAGUAAUCCGUGUUGAGGAUGUCAUGAAGCGAAGCUUUGCAGAGUUCCACACCCGGAAAGAUUCGCACCAGCAGGAGGUGGAGCUGAAGACACUGUCAAAGCAGGUCGAGUCUAUAAAGAAGGUGUCAUGCUACCUGUGUCAGGAGGACCUGCAAGAAUAUUACAACACCUGUAAAACACUGAAUGAAUUAAGAUAUGCACUGCAGUGGACAUCAAUAACCCAUUCGCAGAUUAAGGCGCUUUCUAUUGGUCGUGUCGUUGUUGUAAACACUGAGAAACAUGUACAUGCAUUAGGUGUUGUUUUAAGCCUCUACGCAGCAAAUAGACAUAGCAAGUUCAAAACCCUUGUCAUAUGCGAUAAACAAUCACAGGACAGAAACAGUCAAUCAAAUGAAGUUCCUGCUAGAAAGUUAAAAGUUAAAAUGGUUUUAAAAACUAAUUUAUAUCAACCUGAAGGAAUAUGUUGGCAUGAUGUGGUUGAAUUGGUAGCGAGUGAUGUCUAUGAAAUAACAUCCAAAACUCUUGAUGUAAAUGCGGAGAAAAUUCUUUCAGAUUGGAACACGAGGCAGAUUCCGCGCUUCAGGGAUAAAGCAGUUAGUCAGUAUACUAGUGUAGUUGUACAAGAGCUGCUACGAUUGACAGAGGAUAAUCCAGAAGGUCUUCCAGCACUGAACCCAGUAAAAGAUCUCAAGAUCCAAGACAUGGAUUUUGUUGAGAAGUUCAUUAAGAUGCAGAGUCUGCAGGAGAAAGUGACAGACUACAAGUGCCUAAUGUGUCAAGCUUUAAAUCAACAUUUUGCUGAGCACGAUUAUAACAUGGAAUUAAAAGAGAAAGUGAAGGUGUUGUACUAUCAGUUGUCAGAAGAGAGCUUACUGUUGCUCCCGGAAUACCAUCAAAGGAUCCAGGUUUUAGAAAAGUUAAAUUUUAUAGACAACAAAAUGUCACUACAGCUGAAAGGUCGAGUUGGAUGCGAGAUUAGUCAUCAUGAGCUGAUUCUGACCGAACUGAUCUUUGAGUUCUUUUGUAGGAAAUCUUAG